UUAAUCAGGGAAUCUCCAAACAAGUCGAUUGGCAGGCAAUAGCUAGUGCUUUUCAGUGUUAUUUUGAGAAAAUGGGGAAAACUACAAAAGUCGUGGUGUGUGGGAUGAAGGGCGUGGGGAAGACAGCGUUGCUGGAGCAGCUGAUAUACGGAAAUGUUACGCUGAAAACCGAGAUUCAUCCUACAAUCGAGGAUAUCUACGUGGCGAACAUAGAGACCGAUCGUGGAACCAAAGAGAAAGUGAGGUUUUAUGAUACAGCUGGUCUCGAUGGACAGCAUGCCAACACAAAUGCCCAGCAACUGGCACGACAUUACCUGGGUUUUGCUGAUGGUUACGUUCUUGUUUAUGACACUGCCAAACCUGAGUCACUUGACGUACUAUUUCCAUUGAAAAAAGACAUUGAUAAAAAUAAAGAUAAGAAGGAGAUUACGGUUGUAGUUGUGGGCAAUAGAACAGGAUUUGAUAGUGACACGCAGAGUCUUGAGAAUACAGUGGGGAGGGCUGUUAAUUGGUGCACGAGAGAGAAGAUAAGACAUUUUGAGGUGAAUGUUAUGGAUAGACAGAGCUUGUUCGAGGCGUUCAUUUAUUUAUCCUCGAAGCUCAAUCCUAUUCAGAAUAAGAGUACUUUUCCACAGCUGAGUAUGGGGAGAAAAAAUGUUAAGGCUGAUGCUACAUGAUUGAUACUCAAGGCGAAUUGUGUAAGACAAUUCUUGGGGAAAAUAUUUCGAGGCGUGUGCUGUGAUGUUGAAAAGGGGGAGGAGACGGAAAUUUUUGACGUUUAAUUGUGGGAUAGUCCAAAUACAGUGUUGUUUUUAUCGGUAUUGUUUUGAAAUCGUAAUAUCUCUGGUUGAGCACAUGCCGCUGGGAGGAAUUAUAUUUUUGUAAUUUUUUUCCAUCGCCAAGUUUCUCUAUUGAAGAAAGGCUGCGUUGGUAAAUUAGGAGAACUGUAUUGUCAAGGUAUUGUACAUUGUAUUACAUUGAUGCAAAGCAAUUUCAUUAUAAGUCCUGGUUUACCAAUUUGCCCCAGAAAUUUUUAGGGGCGAGCAGGAAUUUUUAACGGAAAAGGUGGCAACGAUUCGCAGUGACAAUUAGAAAUAUUAUUUCUUAGCACUAGAUUUUUUGGGGAGAUUUUCUCUCCAUUUAGGGCAAUGGGCGGGGCAAUAUUGCAUACGUAUCCCCAAGGCUCGUAGAAUCAUUGAAAUGUUUUUUAUUAAAUUUUGGGGUUCAGCAGAAGACAGUUGACUUCAAACAGAAUUUAAUUAGUUGGGCUCAUGCAGUUCAGUUGACUGCAGUAUAAAUUAAAUUCUAGAUUCAAUGAAUUUCCAAAAAAAUAUUUUAAACUCUGUCCUUGUAGGAAAGUGGGUCUCAAGAAUGAUCCACUAAAAUGUUCAUAGACCAAAUUUAGAACGAUAACACCGAAUAAUGUCAACAGUCGAAUGUCUCAUAUCACAAUUUUCCGUUGUCCCACUUCCUCGUAACAUUUUUUUCAUACAAUUGUUAUUUUACGUGGAUUUCCACGAUUACUUUCAGAGAUCGGUGGCAAUAUCACCUUGUAUAAUAUUUUACUUCGAGUAGACAACGGGUAAUCCGCUGGGAAUGAGGAACCAACAUUUUUCAUUUAUCUUCGCGUUAAAUGAGUAAUUAAUUCACUGUAGAAGUUAUUGAAACCAUUUAUCAUGCCAUUACCAAAUGUCGAGGGGAUUAAAAAUCGAUUUAACAUCAUUAUCAAUUAUGAAAACGCUCGAAAUUCAUUUUUUCCCAUUCACCAUUAGCAUUUUGAUUGAAAAUACCGUGUGACCUCAUUUGAGGGUUUUCUUUUGUCAGUAAACAAUUAAUAUAAUCGUAGUAUUGAGUAUUGACAAUGCUGGUGUUGACUGAUCUCUGUAUAUCCCCUUUUGCUCAAAAUAUGCAUUUGUCCAUACCAUAAUUGGGUUUUUGGGUGCAAUUAAUUUAUUAAAUGACUACAUCCUUAUUUUUUUGCUCAUCUAAACUACCGAAAGCCACUGAAAUGAUUUUUGUCGUUUUAUUGCCAGUGAUUUCUUCAAUUUAAUUGCAUACAAUACCCCAAUUAUGAAUUGAAUCUCACUUAAGUCCACCCCCAAGCUUUUACCCUAAAAACAGGAAUAUGUAAAUAUCGUUAAAAUAUUUGUAAGCAAUUAGAAGAGCAAGAUCUGAUUUUUAGCCACUCGUAAAUAACAUUUUGCGUGAAUUCUUGAAUCGUACUUAACUACACUGAGAAAAAAUUCUCAAUUUUCUUGAACCUGGUGUAACAACGAACAAUAUCAGUACAAAUUUCGUAUAUUUAAUCUCAAAAAUAAUGACAAAUUCCUCUUUGUUGCAUUUUACCUCGAAUGCAUUAUUGUCAUACCUCGAACUGAAUGGAUUUAUCUCGUUCCUUCAACCGUUGUACUUAAAUUAUUCAUUAAGACUCAAAGUUAUCUAUUCGCGAUUUAAUGAUAAUUAUAAAUCAGGAUGAGGGGAGGGAACUGAUGUCAGGAUUCUCAAUCAUACGGAAUUGAUUAAUAUUUUUCGUAAAGUAAUGUAACACGUAUUUUAUCAAAUCUUUUAUUAACGAAAUUAAUGAUAGACUUGGCUUCGUCAGUGAAAAUUAAUCUUUUUAUUGUAAAAAACACUUCGGCAGAGACCAAUUCGUCUACCAGAUAAUGGCCUUUUUCAAUUGCCUUAGUACAAUUAACGAUCCAAAGAUGUAGUCCCACAGUUUGCUGCUUAUACCGAAACCUGAUGAUGUAAAUUUUCAAUAAUAGAAUCAUUGGAAUUUGGAAAAUUUAUUGACGUAUGUUAUCGAUAAUUUUACCUUCG